AUCGCCUCCCUCUUCCCAGGCUGGGAGUUAAGGAGCAAAGAGGAGAAGAGACAAAACUGUCGCAGAACCAGGUGCAGGGCAGGGAGAGAAAGUACAGCUCUAGGCAGCAGGAAUAUGGGUGCCUGUUAAGUAGCUGGCCACACCCUGAAAACCAGAAGCACAGGAGGUGCUGGGGGCACAGCGGCACAUUUCAUAGCUGAAAACCAUCUAAAGAUGACAAACUCAGGACUGGUCAAUGGCUAAGCAAUGGCUUCAUCUCUGCUGCUACAGGUGCAGAAAGAUGGUUUGCUUCUCCCUUCUGAAGGUGAUGAUGUUUGUAUUCAACGGCAUAAUAUUUCUGGGGGGCCUGGCUUUGCUGGGCAUCGGCAUCUGGGUGAAGGUGGACGGCGGUUCCUUUGCGAAGGUCCUGGGAGCUGCAGCUCCACAGUUAAUGCAGCUGAUUAACGUGGGCUACCUGCUAAUUGCCGUUGGCACCUUCCUACUUCUCAUGGGCUUCACGGGAUGCUGGGGGGCUGUGAAGGAAAGCAAAUGCCUGUUGCUUGUGUUCUUUGUGGUCAUACUGAUUCUCUUCAUAGCAGAAGUGGCCGGUGCUAUCGUGGUGCUCCUUUUCUCUUCUGUGGCAGAUAUAUUUGUUGAGCACUUGCAAAAUUGGGCCCUGAAGACUUUAAAAGAGGACUACGGCAAGCAAGAGGACAUCACAGGCAUUUGGGCAACAACAAUGAAAGAGCUGAAAUGCUGUGGAUUCAACAACUACACUGAUUUCAGCAAUUCCUACUUCUAUCAAACACACACUGAGAAAUACCCCUCCUUUUGCUGCUCAGAGAACAAAGAGUGCCAAGAAUCCGAAGUAGACCAUGACAAACAGGGCUGCCUGAAUGAAUUCCAGGUGUUUCUGAGCCGCAAUGGGAAAAUUGUUGGAGGGGUGGCUCUAGCUAUUGGAGCCCUUGAGCUGGCUGCCCUGGCUGUCUCCUUGAUCCUGUACUGUCAGAUUGGUACAUACGCCUGAAGCAAAAUUGGCUACCUACCGCACAGCUCUGGCUCCAGCUCUCGGCUUCUGCACCAGCCAUGAAAGAGACAUCGCAAGCAUCCUUAUUCAAAGAGCAGAUGCGGCAAUCACGUUUACUGGAUCAAAAGAGCGACAUGAUCCUCAUCCUCAUUCAUAAUUAUUAGCUACUAAUCCAUCACUAAUCAUUAAACCCUAGUUUAACAGUACUUGCUUUAAAAAAACACCCUGAAAAAAUAUGUACACCUAUUGUUUUGUGCUUCCUUUGCCUUAUGUAGUGGGAAAUCCAGGGGAGCCUUUACAUCAGGGGUUGGGAACAUCUAGCUUGUGGGCUAAAUAUGGCCUCCCAGGCCUCUCCAUCUCACCCUUGGGACUCUCUCAGGCCAGCCCUAUUCUGCACCCUCCCUGAAUUCUUUUGCCUGGCUGGAAUCUGUCCCUCAACAUAAUAAUGCCUCUCAUUUGUGAGGCUAUAAUUUGGGCAGACGUCUCAUUUUUAAGGUCCUUUGGCUCUGGUGUAAUAGAGAAUGAAAAUUUUAUUUUACUUCGUAAAAGGGAUAUCUUGCUUGAUUGUGGGAAACCUCAAA